UUGAGUUUUCAAUUUUUCGUACCGUAUGUACUAUUUCUAUGUACGAAUUACGUUUUAACUUUAAAUAUUUAAACAUAUUUGGACGUUGAGAAUUGAGAUGUACCUAAUAUACUAUAACACUAAUAUCAUUAUCCUAUCGUUUACGUUAUUAUAAUAUACUAUUGAUCUUGCAGUAUGUAAUGAUUUAGAUUUCCGUAAUUGUUGAGAACAAUUUUUCGUGGUGAUACAUGCUAUUAUCUUGAAAUUUAAUUCAAAUCGCCCUUACUGCAAUACUACAGUUGGGUUCACCUCAAAUAACAAUUUUCACAAUAUUGUAGCUUAUUAUUAUUUAUCAUCUUGUAAAUAUGUCUGAUACAGACUCAGAUUCAUCAACAGAUAGUGACAAUAACAAUUCAUCUCCUUUUUUCAACCAUUAUUUGGGUUAUCCUCGUGGCUAUUAUGGACAUGAUAUUGAAAGUCCAGGCCUUGAAACAGAUGAUUCUUCAGAUAGUGAUGUUAUUCCUAAUUUAAGUCAUUUUGAUUCUACAUCUAGUGAUAGUGAAGCAUUAUUAAACAACACCUCAGACGAAUUUGAUUGUCCAGAUAAUGAUUCAUCUUGUAGUUCGAGAAAUUCAUCUACAUUUAAAUUAUUCAAACAAAGGCAUAUUAAUAAAAUGAAAGUCAUUCGUUCGAAAUCCAAUUAUUGGUGUCUUCCUAAAGAGUUAUAUAACAGAGAAAUUGGCCAUUAUAACCGCCGCGCUCAGUGGGGUUAUAAGUUCUAUCAAUCAACUGUUGGUGUGCAAAAACUCAAAUUGAGUAAACAACUAAAAGGCCAUCAAGGAUGUGUAAAUUCAUUAGAUUUUAAUAAAACUGGUGAAAUUAUAGCUAGUGGAUCAGAUGAUUUUAGAAUAUGUUUAUGGAAUUGGUCAAAUGGAAAGUGCUUACUCAGUUACAGUAGUUUACAUACUAGGAAUAUUUUUCAAACUAAAUUUCUCACUACACACGGAGGUACUCACAUUGUAUCAAGUGGACGGGAUGGCUUAGUUGUAUUGUCUGCUGUAAAUAAUUAUGAUUUUAUAUAUAGCAAAAUAAUAGCACGACAUGAUAGCUCUUGCAAUAAAGUUGGUGUACAUCAUGAUACACCAUAUGUAGUUCUUAGUUGUGGAGAUGACGGAAUCGUUAAAAAUAUAGAUAUUCGUGAAUCUCCUAUUAAUGAAAAUGAAAGAAUUACCAAUAUACUACAUAUCAAAAAUAUGCAUGGAACUUCUAUGCAUCUAUAUGGUAUUGAUAUUAAUCCUAUGAAUCCAUAUGAGUUUAUUGUAAAUGGUGAUGAUGAAUAUGUAAGAAUGUAUGAUAAAAGAAAACUAACUGUGGAUCCAGUUAAACUAUUCCAUCGUGAACUUAAAAAUACUAAACCAGAAAAAACUGGUGAUAGUGCUGUUAUUGAAAUUGAUGAUAGUGCUAUUAAUGGCACUGAUAAUAGUGAUGUUGAUGGCAGUGAUGAUGGUGGUGUCGAUGAAGCUAUCAAUGAUGUUUUUGAUAUUGCUGACAUUGGUGCUAUUGCAAAUGGCAAUGUUAAUUCUGACUAUGAUGAGGACGAGAUUUCAAGUUCAGCCUCACCUUCUCACUAUUUAUCUCAUAUUACAUCUGCUGUGUAUAGCUAUUGUGGAACUGAAAUUUUAGCAUCUUAUAGUGAAGAUGAUAUUUAUCUAUUUGAUACUUAUGGUCGAUCAAAUUCUGUAUUACACAGUUAUAGUGGCCAUCUAAAUAGAAUGACUGUUAAAGGUGUCAAUUUUUAUGGUCCAAGAAGCGAUUAUGUAGUAUCUGGAUCAGAUUGUGGAUUUAUCUUUAUAUGGGAUAAAAAAACUGAAGCUAUUGUCCAAAGAAAACAUGCUGAUAAAAAAGGAUGUGCUAAUGUAUUAGAAGCACAUCCACAUAUACCAACCUUAGCAACUAGUGGUCUGGAUAAAACUAUAAAAAUAUGGGAACCUUUAAAUAUGUCUCAACAACCAAAUAAAAAAAAGCUCAGAAUGUUGUUUUAAAUUGGGUCUACUAAGGUUCAUUCAGAUACAUUUUUAAUGGGUAUGAUUUAUAAAUCCAAAACCUACUUGGCAAAUUAUCAAAGAGCCGACUCUAUUUAGCUGAAUUUCAUAUAGCCGACAUCAUAAAGAGCUAAAAUUACAAUAGGUGGACAAAUUUUUAAAAUUAAAAAUGUAUUAAUUACAUUUUACAAUUACCAUAAAAUCAAUUAGUUGUUUAAUUUUUAUUGUUUUUAU